UUUUUCCGUACCGACCGUCCGUCUCGAGUCGGGUGCAUAUUUGAGCAACUUGAUCCGUCACGGACGAAUUACUUAGAGCAAAGUGCGCAUCGCCCCGAUGCAUAUUUAAUGAAAGAGUCUAUAGACCCUGUGAUUACGCGCAACAGUUCGAGUUACGAGUUCGUAAACUACUCUGUGUACGAUGGUGGGGGGAAUAUUUCGAGAAUACGACGAAACGGAGUUUCUGAUAUACGAGACCUCGCGAAUUCUACUGUCGCGAAUGCUCGAUCGAUAAUUCGCAGUUUCGUCCGAUCCACGGGGUUGAUCGCUUCUACUUGUUCGCCGUUCUGUUACACAUCACCGAAAUUUCGCGAUGUGGAGGACUCGCGCGAGCGGUGCUUCUCACUUUUCAUUUCUUUUAACAAAAAUUUCUAUGUCUUCGGUGCUUCGCGGUAGCGUUGCGAAAUAUAUUUCCGCGCGCGAGUUUUCACUCUCCGAGAACGGGAAACACACAAAUAACAACUCCAAUAAUGUUUGUCCGAAACGAAGGGUCUGUCGAACGGAUCAAACGCUCGAGCGAAUUCGCACGAGUGCACCGUUUAAUUCCACCCCGUCCGGGGCAUUUUAUUCGGGUAAAAGUUUGCGAGUGAUGUGCUUUCACCGCUUAUUUCCGUCAACCCGCGAGGAAAGUGCGCGCGGAGAGCGGUUAAUGAGUGUCAUUAACGAUUGCGUGGUCUACCGUCACAAUGGAGAAAAUCAGAAAAUGACAGUUACCAACUUCGAGCUCAGAUGAACGCGGAUAAAAACCGGUGACUUCACGCUUUGCCGGGAGAGCAACGUGCGCGUCCAAUAUAAAAGUACGCCGCCAGGUCGCAACGUUACUUCGACCUUAAACGUUCGAGUUAAGAGUUUAAUAUUUCGCUCGGUAUUUCGGCCUGUGAAAUACAUACCUCGAGGAUUCGAGAUACCAGUCUACAUCAGACGGAAAUAUCGUGAAACAACGAAGAGUACUUUUCGGUAAUAAAUCAACAAAAAAUGACAUUUGCAAUUUAGGUGAUUGCGAAGUGUCGAGAUUUAUGAUCUUUCGUUGGAACCGCCUUGUCGAUUGCCGCGUGUCGUAGACGAUGAUAGUUAACGCGAGAGUGAUUGCGCUGGUCGCACUGGUAACUUACGGCGUGUACGCUCACGCAGCCGACAUUCGAGAUUCUUACAAAAGGACCGACGAUAAAAAAUAUGCCGGAUCCAUGUUGGCUGAGAUCGCAAAGGAAUUCAUACAAAGAUCAACCACCAGCAGUCAGGUGCUGAAUUUAAAUCUCUCGAACUUGCUGCUACUUUUGGUGCUUAAAGCGGUUGUGUUUGGCGCCGGCUACAUAGGACAUCAUGGUUACAAGGGACGCGAAUUAGAGGAUGAAAAUAUCGUGUCGGAGGGUGAGAUUGCGCUAGCGCUUGGAUAUCUGAUUGGUGACACCUGUUUGUACAGGGCAGCCUGCGAAGAGCCACACAUUGCGAAAGAGUAUCUCGGCGCGGCGGAAAUGCUCUUGCAAACAAUGAAGUUAAUGCCACAGAAUUUACCUGUAGAACUCAGCUAUGAGAGGACAAUGGCAGAAUUUCGGAAGGCGAUUGAAUAUGGCAGUAUCGAGCAAUGUCCGCCGGAGUACAGUUGCAAAAAGGAGAAUAUAAAUAAUUUCUUACGAAGCGACAAACGAUAAUGCGUAUUUAACAAAACAUUUCGCAAUUCAUUUCUAUUUUGUUUAGGUUAAACUAUAAAAAUCGCACAAGAUAGAUAAUACUUUAUAAACAGUAUAUCUUUUAGAACUAAUUGUUUACAAAAAUUAUUUCACUUUUAUUGCCAAAAUUGAAAUAGUAGUUUGAUAACUGAUAACUGAGAAAAUUUACGAAGAAUGGCAAGAAUAUUAUCAUUGAGAAAAAAAUUAGAAAAUAAAAAUGUUAUUUUUAAAAUAAUAAAUUGUAUUUUUAUAACCUUGUUUUUAUUCGAAAAGUUAUGUAUUAAUCUUUCACACGUCUUAAUCAUUUUCAUCAGACGUAUGAAAGUAUUUUUAUUGCCUAUACAGUUAUUUUUUAUUAUUAAUACACAAUAACGACUUUUAUGAAUUCCUAAAAAAUAUGUUACAAAGAUAAUGUUGUUCCUUCAAGAAUACGUAUUUUAAGAACUUUCAAUUUUACAGUUGUUAUUAUAUGCUACAAACAUAUGUUUCUCAUUGUUGAUUUACAUUAAUUAAUUAACGCUCCUGUAUUGAUUCAGAAACAAUGAAAUAGAAUUAUCAAUUAUAACCGAAUAUUUUUCCAUAAUUAAUGGCAUGGAAAAUGUGACCAAAUUAGCAUUGUCGGCAUGAAAAUGGCUUGUAAUUUGCAUAUGUGGACACAUAAAUUUAUGCACUGCAUAACUGCGUACGCACUCAAAUAGCACAACAGAUGAUCAUUAAAAGCUCAAAUAGGAUUAAUUUUUUAAUUCUGUGUGAAUUAGCAUAAUCUGUUCAAAUGAAACUCAAAAGAAUCCCUUUCGGAUAAUUCAUAAUAAUACAUUGCAGUUAUAUUGUAGUUUUAUCUGUCUUUUUAAUUACCGAGUUAUCCCGUAUUCCGCUGUUUAGUCUUAUCCAUUUUCCUACCUACCCGCGUUUCAACUUUUUGUUAAUAAACCCUAUCUUUCGUUAAAACCGCGAUGCGAUUUAUAAGAGAUCCGAUUAUAAGCGUCUUUUUAAUCUCGCACAUAUGCGAGAAUAUGUAAAGAAGAUAAAGAAUAUAACCCACCCGUAUUUUGACAAAUAACAAGAAAUCAGCUUAUUUCGUACAUCAUCGUACUCAUAUAUCAAAGUGGUCAACAUUGACCACGUACCGCGUUGGGCCAGAUUGGACCUACCUUCCUGGCCAUACAAUC